CGGUGGAGGUAGCUGGGACAGACAUUGUGGGACCAAGGGCCUGUUCCUGGGCUGGACUUUUCCAAAUCCUACCAGUUUUGAAACGGCCUUGUUCCAUCUGUGGAAACGUGAUGGUCUAAUCAAACAGCUAAUUAACCCGGAGCGUGAACAGUGCAGCAAGUGAGGGGACGAGGCUGAUGAAGCAAGUUAUGACGUAGCGUCAGACUUCACAGUGCAGGAAGAGAUUAUUCCACCAGCAACAUUUAAUCACAAUCAAAUCAACUGGAAGCAAGAUUGAAUUUGCGCAGUAAGGGUGUUCAUCGAUAUCUUCGGAGGAGAUGCCGGUUCAGGAGUCCGAUGGUUGAGAGGGGGAAACAUCCUUGUGUCUACUUGGCCUGAGGUUGACCAUACAGACAGACCGUCAGAGGAGAGCGUGGGACGAGGGAGCUGGUUCAUUCUCCCAUCCUCGGCCGUGGAGAUUCUGCAGGGAGACGAGUCCCUUUGGCCCAUCGCAUCGUGCUGGCUCAUGAAGGAGGGCGGAGUCAGUGUGAGAGAAAUGAGCAGUGCCCUCUCCCCAUCCUAACUCUACAGGCCAAACCUCAUCCACAACCCAAAUUCCUCCCUCGGGGUCCCCACAACUGGUGUUGGCUCACUCUCUGACCUGCAGGGUGAGGGUAGGAUUUAGGACGAGGUCGCUGAGGCCUCCUGAGGCAAGGGCUUGGGGUGACGAGGGAGGGCAGGACUACUGUGAGAGUCCUCCCCAAACCGGACCACCAGGAGGGCUUUGAACUGCCUCACGGCUUGACCAGCCCGCUGAGUCCCAAGCUGAGGAGAUGCCAGGGGGAGGAGAAGCCUGCUGGGAGGGUGAACUCAGCCCAUCGUUGGCGGCUGUCCCCGGGUCUCCGUCCUGAACCAGCUGAGGGCCAAGGCCGGAAGGGAGCACUCUGCCGGGGGACGGUGGAAAUCCGUGUCGAGGUGGGGUCUGAGGUCCACCGGCUAUCGCCACGCAGACCAGACCUGCGAAGGGAACUGCCCCUCCCCCCCCCAACUCCCCAGGGAGCCUCUCGUAGACAGCAUCACUUCUGGAGUAAGAAACGGUAUCCUCCAGGUUUUCCACGGGAUGUAAGAUCGGUGUCCAGUAUGUCCCCAAGCUCCCGGGGGCCACGGGAAGGUGCAGUCAGAUCCCACUGAAGACAAUGUGAAAAUGGCCGGGUGAACGGUGACACAAUUGGCGGAGGGACGCUCACCCCAGACUCCCGUGGGUGAACCCACCCGUUCCGGGACACACUCUACACCCACCCCCCCCCACGCGACCCCUGUGUGAGAUUGAGGCCCCCCCUCCCGCUACGAUGUAGAAGGAAAGAGAAAGCUGACAGCCUGGUUCCCCGGAGCAUGACGGCGGUCUACGCCAUUGGCACGACCGUGGUCAGUCACCGGUACGCCGGCUGGCCCGAGGAGAAAGGGGACGGCGAGCCGCGGCGGCUGACCCCGCUGGAGUUGCUCUCCCACCAGAUGGCCCACGAUGAGCAGACGGUCAGGGAGGUGACGCUGGGCAAGAGGAUCGGCUUCUAUCGGCUACGUGGACAGAUCGGUGCUGGCAACUUCUCCCGGGUCAAGCUGGCCAUCCACUCGCUGACCAGAGAGAAAGUGGCCAUCAAGAUCCUGGACAAGACCAGGUUGGACCAGAAGACCCAGCGGCUGCUCUCGCGGGAGAUCGCUAGCAUGGAGCGGCUGCACCACCCCAACAUCAUCAGACUGUACGAGGUGAUUGAGACGCUGUCCAGGCUGCACCUGGUGAUGGAAUACGCUGGCGGUGGCGAGCUCUUCACCAAGAUCAGCACCGAGGGCAGGUUACCAGAGGCCGACAGCAAGGCCAUCUUUGCCCAGAUCGUCUCGGCCGUCAAGCACAUGCACGAUCAGGGCACCGUCCACCGGGACCUGAAGGCCGAGAACAUUUUCUACACGGAUAGUGGCCGGGUGAAGGUGGGCGACUUCGGCUUCAGCACGGCCUGCCAGCGGGAGCAGAGCCUGCGCACCUUCUGCGGCUCGCCGCCCUACGCUGCGCCUGAGCUCUUCCGUGACGAGAGCUACGCGGGGCCCUCCGUGGACGUGUGGGCGCUAGGGGUGCUCCUCUACUACAUGGUGGUCGGCACGCUGCCCUUCCGGGCGGACACAGUGGCGCGGCUGAAGCGCUGCAUCCUGGCCGGGGCCUUUGCCGAGCCGGCCUACCUCUCGGAGGCCUGCCUGAGGCUGAUCAGGGCUAUCCUGCGGCCCGAGCCCAGCCAGCGGCAGACUCCGGCACAGAUCCUGGCCAGCGAGUGGAUGAAGGGCACGCGGUCCCCUCGGCCCCUGCGGCCCUUCCCGCUAGAGCCGGGGCACCUGGCUGGCACAGGGCCGGGGCCCAGGCCGCUGCUGGAGCCCGAGCAGGCUGAGGUGAAGCAGACGCUGGCCAGCCUCGGAGUGACUGACAACCAGCUGAGGGAGAGCCAGGGCCGGGGCCCCCGGAGCCCCCUCACCGGCACCUACCGAAUCGUCUUACACCGGGUGCAGAGGAGGCAAGGACUGGAGUUAGCGGCGGCCAUGGGCCCUGACCCUGAACCAGACCUGGACCCGUGCCAGACCGAGGAGCUGGGGAAGGGACAGGUGAAAUUUAGCACAGCAGCGAGGCACACCUCCAGGUUCUGUUCCAUCCUGUAGGGGCGGCUCACUCAUCACACCAUCCCAUAACUCCUGGCCCACGCCCUCCCCAUCCCCACCUGCCAUUCCGACCUCCUCCUCACCCCCUUCUUCCCCUCCCACCCAUCCCCUCUCUGAGCUCCUAUCCCAAAACGUCCCCAACUCCCCCAGGAGUUUCUGCCUCACCUCCCAUCCCUACACCUCCCCUCUCAGCCCCUACCCAAUCCCUCACGACACACUUCUCACUACCCUCCUCUCCCAUCCCUUCAGCCCCUCCCAAUACCACCCUCCCCUCUCAUCCCCUCUCCUUCCUACUCCCUCCCCUCCUCUGCAUUCCCAUCUCCUUCCCCUCCUCUCCCCCUUCACCCUCCCCUCCUCUCCCCCUCCACUCUCCCCUCUCCCCUCUCCUUCCACCUCCUCCCCGGUGUGUGCCAUCGCUCCACACUCCCUCUGUGCCAGACGCAGGGAGAUGGGAGACCUGGUGACUGACUCCCUGGCCAAGGACGGGAGGAAAGUCAUGGUGGAUGAGUGGUCACCCUUGGAGAAGCUGCUGAAGACAUCGGUCCAGUUCUCCGAUCCCGAUGGAAUAAGGAUUCGUACCUCGCCUGCAUCCUGCAACCUGCUGCCCUCGGGACUUUACGCUCAGCAGGACGGAUAACCAGCCCCACCCAUACUGUAGCAGACUCCAGUCAGUCCUGAUGGCAGCUUUUUAACUUCUCUCCAUGGAUGCUGUCCGGUCUGCUGCGUCUUUCCAUGUCUGAUCUCCAGUAAGCAUCAGCGGUGUUGUCUCCCUCUAGCAGCCAGCCGAGCUGUGAACAGGCCCCUCGGCUCUUCGAGCUGGGCCACCAGCAACCCCGGCCUAAUCAGAGGACCAUUUCCAGUGACCAAUUAACCUCCUAACCCGUACAUCUUUGGACUGUGGGAGGAAACCAGAGCACCCAGAGGAAACCCACACAUUCACGGCGAGUGCGUACAAACUCUUUACGGAACUCCGACGUCCCAAACUACAAUGGCGUAACGCUAACCCUGUUACCAUGGGGCCCAUUCACCACGCGCUCUCAGCCGGCACCCCUCCUUCAUCCACCACCUUGCAUUUCAUUGACUCUCCACCCCAUCCACUUUCCCUUUCUCUGGUGCGUUGAAAUUCCUGUUCUGGUGAAGUUCCGUUUGCCUGGAGCAUUGACUCCACACGGAGGAUGCCUGACCUGAUCAUUCCUGCUUUUAUUUUAAGAGCUCAUCUUUGAGUUCAGACCCCCUCCCGGCCGUGAGCCCCCUCCUCCAUACCUUCUGUCCCUGAUGUUUGACGACUGAGCCCUUGGCAAUCUCAAGCCAAAACUCUGGAGCUGACUUCCUGUGCCUUUCUCCUGCAGGACACCAAUUAAAACUGGCUCAAGUAAAACUAGUCCCUCUGCUUUCUGUUGUAACCGAGACAUCAUCCCGGUUAAAGGUGCAGAGAGCUGACGUUUGAGUGGUGUCCCGGUUAGGGUGAAGGUCACACUGGGAUGUAUUAAUGCAGGGCCCAGACUCGUAUCCAGGAUAUUCGCAGUACAUCUCGUUCCUGGAGGCCACGGUUCUCCUGAUUCAACAUUAACAUGUGGUUAAAGAUGAAAGAUUUAUUUAUCACAUGUACAUUGAAACACACAACAAAAUGCACCGUUUGCAUCGGGGAUGAGCUGGGGGCAGUCUGCAGGUGUCACCACACUUCCGGUGCCAACGUAGCACGCCCACACUUGCUGCCCCCAGCACAAUGUGCUGUAUUUCGCUGCCUGUUUCAAUGUACAUGUGUCAAAGCUAAUCUUAACCUUAAGGAGAUGAAACAACUUCCUGGUAUCUAAUCUGCAAGAACUGAGACCUGCAAGAAACAUAUUCUAUUUUUGAGUUCUCUAAACCAGAGCGCUAAUCUUUCCAACUGUCCUGAGGAGUUUUGGGCCUGUGUCCGUGGAUUUAGAAGACUGGGUGGUGGGGGAUCUCAUUGGAACCUGUUGAAUAUUGAAAGGCCCAGAUAGAGUGGAAGUGUUUCCCAUACGGGGUGAGUCUAGAACCAGAGGGCACAACCUCAGAAUAGAGGGACGUCCAUAUAGAACUGAGGUGAGGAGGAAUUUAUUUAGCCAAGGGAGUGGUGAACUGUGGACUCAUUGCCAGAGACGGCUGUGGAGGCCAAGUCAUUGGGUGUGUUCAAAGCGGAGGCUGGUGGGUUCUUGAUUAGUCGGGGAUUCAGAAGUGAUGGGAAGAAAGCAGGAGGAUGAGGGAUAAUAAAUCAGCCAUAUUGGAACGGGGUGAAUUCUGCUCCCCAGUUUUAUGGUUCUCUGGUGGUGGACCUGCCUUGCAAUGUUUAGAUCUGGAAGUUCUCCCAGUCUGCCCUGCAACUUUGCGAGGACAGCGGAUAGGCCAAAGAGAACCUUGUGCACUGCCAUGCUGGUAAGGCAGGGUUCGAUUCCCACCGCUGCCUGUCAG